AACUGCAGACUUGGGUCUGCUAUUCGCGUAUGUUGCUAAAGUUAGUAUACCGUCUUUAGUUGUCUGAUGUGAUCAUCAUUCGCGAGUUAAGCAACAGUGUAUGUUAUGUUAAUUAUAUUUUAAAGCUUAAUCAUGAGUGAAAGUAUAAGAAAAGUUGGUAAAAGUACUGGUAAUACUAGGCCAGUAAAUCGACGUAGACUUCCAGAUGGUUUUGGAAUGGUAGCGCGCGCAACUAAACCCCCAGUGACUUAUUGUCUUGACGAAAAUGUUAAUUGUUUAUCAUCACACAAGAUAAGUGAUGAUGGUGGGGGUCGUGUAGGUAAAAAACUCGAUCACGACACGAAAAAAAUAGGAAGGAUAGAAGAGCUGUCCGCAUCAGUGAGAUCAUCAUCGACGUCAAUGGAUGACGAUAAAAAAAAUACGGACAGUGACGACGGUGGCCGACCUGUCCAAGUUGUUUUAACCCAUCCCGAUCAUACAUUUGAACUCGAUGAAGAUGCUCUAGCUGAAAUACUUCUCAAAGAUGACAUUAAAGAUCGUAGUGUCGUGGUCGUGUCCGUUGCCGGUGCAUUCCGUAAAGGAAAAAGUUUUCUUCUGGAUUUUUUUCUUCGCUACAUGAAUUACAAAUAUUUAGAUAAAAAAUCAUCAGAAUCAUGGAUUGGAGAUGAUAAUGAACCAUUGAGUGGAUUUUCAUGGCGCGGUGGCUCUGAACGUGACACAACCGGGAUACUCAUGUGGUCAAAAGUAUUUCCGGGUACGAUGCCAAAUGGAGAGAAAGUUGCCAUAAUUUUAAUGGACACUCAGGGUGCAUUUGACAGUCAAUCGACAGUAAGAGAUUGUGCGACUGUAUUUGCAUUGAGUACAAUGUUGUCAUCAGUACAAAUAUUUAAUUUGUCUCAAAAUAUUCAAGAAGACGAUUUGCAGCAUCUGCAGUUAUUUACAGAGUACGGUCGUCUAGCAUUAGAAAAAUCCGGAAAUACGCCUUUUCAGAAGCUUGAAUUCUUGGUACGUGAUUGGAGUUACCCAUACGAGGCCGAAUAUGGUUCAGAGGGAGGCCAGAAAAUAUUGCAGAGACGUCUUGAGAUCUCUGACCGGCAGCAUCCGGAGCUACAGAGCUUACGCAAACAUAUUAAAUCGUGUUUUUCGGAUAUAUCGUGUUUCCUGAUGCCGCAUCCGGGUCUAAAGAUCGCGACGAACCCGCAAUUUGACGGGCGGCUGGUAGAAAUUGAGUCAGAUUUUAAACAACAGCUAAAAGAGCUGAUACCCUCGUUGUUAGCACCCGAGAAUUUGGUAACUAAAAAAAUAAAUGGACAAACUGUUCGUGCACGUGAUUUAUUAGAAUACUUUAAAAGUUAUAUUAGAAUUUAUAAAGGCGAUGAAUUACCAGAGCCAAAAAGUAUGUUAGUUGCUACUGCUGAGGCAAAUAAUUUGUCUGCGGUUGCUGAUGCUAAGGAUUUGUAUUUACAAAUGAUGGAAUGCGUUUGUGGAGGCGCUAAACCCUUUUUGGCAACCGCACAUCUUGAAUCUGAGCACCAACGGUGUGUUGACAAAGCGCUUCAUCAGUUUUCUAAUAAACGCAAGAUGGGGGGAGAUGAGUUCAGCCAAACUUACAUGGAAAAACUUGUUAAGGAUAUGGAUGAAGCAUUUUUACAAUUUAAAGCCCACAAUGAAAGUAAAAAUAUUUUCAAAGCAGCUCGUACUCCAGCCGUAUUUUUUGCCAUUGCCGUCACUAUGUACAUUUGCUCCGGAGUAUUUGGUCUCGUAGGACUUUAUACUCUAGCUAAUAUUUGUAAUCUCAUUAUGGGAAUUGGUUUAUUAACUCUCGUAUUAUGGGCGUAUAUUAGAUACAGCGGAGAGCUCCGUGAAAUAGGAACACAAAUAGACGAUUUAGCUAGCGGUAUAUGGGAAAACAUAAUGAAACCAAUUUAUCAACAAUUUGUCGAGAAAUCAGUGUCCGUCGCCGUAGCACAAGCAGCAGCUGAAAUAGCAACUAAUUCAACUAUAGGAAACGCAACAUCCGUUAACGGAAAACAUAAAAUGUUGGGAUAAAAUGACUCGGGACUAGUCGGGUAUCUUCGGUUUUUUGUUCCUCGGUAGUGAUAUCAAAAACUGAAGAUAACCGAGUUCCGGUUUUAUUACAAUGUCUGCUUGGUACUCAGAUAUUAUCUCGUGUACAGUAAACCUAGAAUCGUUGCUUUUAUAAUCUGUAGUAAAUAAAUAAGAAUAAAGAUCUUAAUUUUAAUAAACGGAAAUUUUAAAUUUACUAUACACCAAAAAAACCUGAGUCUACGACAGGUGUCGGAAAUACCCGACUUGUGCCGAAUAAUUUUAUUCCACCUGCUAAGGACUUAGAAAUUUUUUUGUAUGUAGUAAAUAUAGAAUCGCUAUUUUAAAUUGGUAGUAAAUAAAUAAAAAGAUCUUAAUUAAAAUAUAUGAACUUCUAGGUUUACUAUAUAUAUAAAUUAUUUGAACCCAUUGCAGAGGUUAGAAUUAGAAAAAAAUUACUCGAGACUUGUCGGCAUUUUGGGUUUUUGUUCGCAAAUGGUAGCCGUAGAAUAGAAACCGAAGAUACCCGACCGAUACCGAGUAAUUUUAUUCUUGUACCUUCUAAGGACUCAAAUAUUAUUUUUUUUACAGUAAACCUAGAAUCUUAUAUUUUAAAUCAGCAGUAAAAGUAAAGAUCUUAAUUAAAAUAUAUGAACUUCUAGGUUUACUAUAAAAAAAAAAAAUUAUUUGAAUUCAUUGCAGGUUAGAAAAAAAUUACUCGGGACUAGUCGGUAUUUUGAGUUUUUGUUCGACCAAUGGUAGCCGUAGGAUAAAAACCGAAGAUACCCGACCAAUACCAAGUAAUUUUAUUCUUGAACUUUCUAAGGGCUCAGACAUUUUUUUAUAGUAAACCCGGAAUCAUUUAUGAUAAAUGUAGCAGACAUCAGACAAAUUUAAAAUUAUAAACAGAGUUAAUAAUUAAAAAAUAUUUAUAAAAAAUGCACUCAUUAAUUUCAAAAUUUUUUUAAUGCGCAUAUUUUAAAAAUUUAAUUGUAUUAUUUAUUAACUCUACUCAUUAAUAAUUUAAAAUUUGUCUGAUGUCUGCAACGUUCACACUCAUAAUUUAUAUUUUAAAUCGGCAGUUAAAAAAUAACGAUCUUAAUUAAAUAAGCUGUGAUUCUAGGGUACUAUUAUUAUUAUUAUUGUUAACGUAAAUGCUAGCGUCUUAAUACAUUCUUAUUUAAAUAAUAAUUAUAAAUUCGGUUGAGUGAAUGUAUGUACAGUAUUUACAGAUUAUAACAGUGUUGUAUGUUGAAAAUUAAUUACUCAACAAUAAACUAUAACUCGUUAUUGUUGACCGUAGGAUCUUUAAUGCACGAUUAAAUGUUUUUAUACAUCUUCAGAGAGUUUAAAGGAAAAAAAAAAUAUAAAUAUAUAUUAAAUCUGUCUAAUAUUUUUAAAUGUAUAGAUAGAUAAGCUGUUUUCUCAUUUACUAUUAUUUUGUUUAAUGUAUAUAAUUAACUGUAACUAAAUACGUCGGCAUGUAAAUGCUGCUUCUAUGCACAUUUGUUUUUUUUUAAAUUGCCAUACUAGGUUUAUUUUAAAUAAUAAUUGGGCAAAUUAGAUGAGUUUUUAAUAUAUUUGUUGUUAAUUUAUUUUAAAAUACAAAAAAAUUAAAUUAAAUUUAUUAAUAAGCUCUCUGCGUAAAUUUUUAUUCAAAGGUAAUGCGUGUGUAAUUAUGGGUAGUAAAUAAAUGCGCAUAUUUUUGUAUAUCAUGUGUAUAAUUAUUAAAUUUAUUAAAUUUUAAACAUUCUUUUAAGCAAAUCGUCGCUUUUUUUAGCGGCCUCUUCCCAAAGUUUGCUGUAAGCUAUCAUUUUUUUCCAGACCAGAGCAUUCGCGGGCUCAAUGUGAGCGGCUUUUUGAAAGUCACUCAGAGCAUUCUCAAUAUUUUUCAUACUUCCGAAGGCGCACCCGCGACGAUACAUCGCCCGGACGUUAUUUUUAUCUCUCGCAAGUACUUUUGUGCAGAGGGAAAUUACGUGCUCGUAGUUGUCGUACUUCAAUUGACACAUCGCCAUGUUGUUGUACAAACUGGUCCUCAGAUUAUUUAUGUCCCGUAGAAGAUCUUCCGGUAACUCGAGAUCAUUUAUGGGCUCCAAGGUUAUAAUCAAGCUUACGGCUUUACUGAAUCUUAUGAACGCGUCUUUUACUCUGUUUUCCUGCAUCAGUUUCAGCGCGCGCUCUUUGUAUUCGGAUGCGGUCAAGUAUUUUUCUGAUGGAGUCCAGUCCCAUAUGGGUUUGAACGGCUCAUGUUUUA